UUCCGCCUUUCACAACCACCUCGGCCGCGCCCCGCACAUGUCAGUUGACCAACCCCCGCUCUUCCUUUCCUCCACCCGCAAUAUCCGCUGUAGGUAGUCAUAUAGAUCUGUAUCUUGGGACUUCAUCUAUCUCUAAACUACCGUUGUACUUUGCGCUUGAUCCUGCUUCGUCCCGACUAUCGCGAGCUUCUGACCAGGCCCUCGAAUCACACCCCUUCCAAUCAAUUAGCUCCGACCACAUCCCAAAAUGGUUUCUGCUGCUGGAAGAUUAUCCGCUAUAGCAGCUCAAUUGCUGCCUUCACCAUUCUCCUCGCAGAAGGCAGCUCCACAAACCCAGACUUAUAAUACUCAUCAGCUCUCCCCCACAUUCUUCUUACCACGAGCAGCGACCAUUGAGCCUAACGCUCCAGCAAUUUACCAUGUUACCGCCAAUAAAAAGAUCUUGCGAAGAAACUACCAGGAGUUUGCGGAUCGUGCUAGAGGCCUUGCCUACUAUUUGAGGCGACACAAAUAUAAGCGAGUAGGCAUCUUGUGUCCCAACACGCCUGCUUUCCUCGAGGCCAUCUUCGGUAUUGCUGCAGCGGGAUCGGUCAAUGUCGGUGUAAAUUACAGAUUGCAACCAGUGGACAUCACUUAUAUCUUUGAGCAUGCUGAAGUAGACAGCAUCAUCGUUGAUGCCGAGUUCGCUCCCUUGUUGGAUGCUUUCAGGGCCGCGCACCCGGAAAUCAAGAUCUUGAUCGACACUGAUACCGAUGCGACAGAAGGCCAACUUUCAGGACCAUUCGAUGAAGCAGUCCUCGAAGGCUUGAGAUACGAUACCGAGACUGGGUCCAAAGGCUGGGCAGAUCUUGAGCAUACUACCCCUGACGAAAACUCCCUAUUGGCAUUGGCUUACACAUCCGGGACUACUGCAAGGCCCAAGGGUGUCAUGUAUUCGCACAGAGGUGCCUACUUAGCUGCUCUCGGCAACAUCGUCGAAUCAGGACUGAAUUAUCAUGGCGCACAACGUGCUCACUAUCUCUGGACACUACCAUUGUUCCACGCGAUGGGAUGGACUUUUCCGUGGUCAGUAACAGCCGUUCGCGGCACCCAUUAUUGUUUGAGGAAAAUCGACUACCCGGAGAUCUGGCGUCUCAUGAAGGAAGAAGGUAUAACCCACAUGAAUUCGGCUCCAACAGUAAACACACUUUUGUGCAAUGACCCUGGAGCCGUACGACUGGAGCAACCGGUGAGGGUGACUGUCGCCGCCAGUCCGCCUUCAGCUCACUUGUUCAAGACAAUGGAGAACUUGAACUUACAACCAGUGCAUGUUUACGGAUUGACAGAGACUUACGGGCCUAUUACUAAAGGUUAUCAUAUGCAGACUUGGGACCGGCUUCCAGGAGACGAGAAGUAUGCCAAGAUGGCCCGUCAAGGACAUGGUUUUGUGACAUCUUUACCAGUACGUGUCAUUAAGACAGACGUUCCGGAUGACCGCGUCGAAGACGUCGUGCCGAACGGCAAGGAGAUUGGUGAGAUUGUCUUCACUGGCAACAUUUGUUCAAUUGGUUAUUACAAAGACGAAGAGGCGACGAGGAAAUUAUUUGCCGGAGGAGUCUUACACAGCGGAGAUCUUGCUGUUCUGCAUGAAGACGGCGCCAUCCAGAUCCUCGACAGAGCCAAGGAUAUCAUCAUCUCAGGCGGAGAAAAUAUCUCGAGUGUCGCUUUGGAGUCCAUGCUUGUUACACAUCCAGAGAUUCUUGAAGCAGCGUGUGUAGCAGUUCCAGACAGUCAUUGGGGUGAGCGGCCACAUGCCUUUGUGACUGUCAAGAAGGAAGGCCUCAAAGGCGAAGAGGUGAUCGACUGGGCCAGGAACCAGAGCAACAUCAGUCGCUUUAUGGUUCCAAGAGAAGUGACAAUAGUUGCUGAGCUGCCAAAGACGAGCACUGGAAAGCUAAAGAAGAAUGACUUGCGAGAAUGGGCCAAGACUGGCCAGAAGGGGGUGUAAACGGAGCAGCCGGGCGGGAGUGCGGGUAUGUUGAUCGACGUUUACCUUUGCGCGGUUCCGAUCAGACAGACAUUUUACUGCGCUUAAAAGUAGCCUUGGGCAGUGUGGUGGUUUGAGUGACGGGUCGAUGUGCUGAUGUUGCUCAGAGAACACGCGAAUCACGUCAAACAGCUCGCAAGUGAAAAAAGAAGACAGGUGGUUGGACGGCUCAGCCUCGAUAGAGAACGGUUCGUCAUGCAUACCUUAGAUGAGACAAAUCUUUGUCGCGUGUUCUUCUUCCUUCUCUUAAUGAUUAACCCACCAGAAAAUAUUACUUCCGCGAGUCACUCUGCGCA